AUGCAACCUGAAAUUACGUGGCUCGAGACAAAUCAGCAGCAACUGACGAAGGCUACGCGAACAGCUGAAGAGCUCCAGUACUUAUUGGAGGAAGAGCGUGCGAGGAACGCAGAAAUGCGCAUGCAGUACGAGAGGCAGCUUAAGCUGAUCCGCAACGGAAUUCAGAAGGAGAAACGCGACCUCAAGCAGACGUUGGUUCAGCAGGUCGACUUUAUCGUUCGGAAAUACAGAAACCUGGCAACAGAAGCAGUCGAAACGGCGCGUCAAGAGCGUCAAAGAGUGCAAACCGAGCGCAUAAAAGCGCGAGAAUUGGCUGAAACCGCUUGCAGAAAUUUUGAAAAAGAUUUGAAGGAAAGAACGAGGAAAGCUCUGGAAGAAUACCGUCAACUGGCUCAAGAAGCUCACAAAGCAGCACAAGCUGAGCGCGAAGAGCUCCGCACCAAAUGGCAAGUCUGCAGACGCGAAUAA